AUGGAUUCAUUUGCAAGAAACAAAUUUCAUAAUGGACUCGAUUACAAAGAAAAACAUUAUUGUUGCAUUAUUAACAGUAAAAGGAGUGCAAGUAAUUUGCAGCCAUUAAAAGGACUAGCUAGUUGUCUAAACAAUAAGAAAUUGAAGAUAUUUGAAACGGAUCCUUUUGAUUAUGAAAGUAUUAUAAACGCUUUGAAAGAUUGUUCUGCUUUGUUCUACACUUUCGAAACUCCUCAAGAACAACCCAUCUUCGAUGAGUUUAUGGCUGAAAUUGAGGUUAGAGCUGCUCAUAACGUAUUAGAAGCUUGUGCCCAGACAAAUACGAUGGAGAAGGUUAUAUUCACAUCAUCUGUAACAGCAGUUAUUUGGGGAGAAGACCAUAAAUCCACCACCGCCGACGAAGAACUCUCUGAAAGGAAUUUGGAGUGA